UUCUGAGAGUGGCCAAUGCCAGGAUUAAGGAGCACACACUGCAAAGGAGACGGCGCCCAGAGCUUCAGGGUGUUGUUGGCAAUGGGGUGCCUCAAGAGAUCAGCCCAGCUGCUCCUUCAGCUUCUGCUACUUGAAGGCUUGAGGCCAGCUCAUGGCUCUACUGUGCUGGGCACCCUGGAUUUACAGAUAGAUGAGGAGCAGCCAGCUGGCACUAUCAUUGGGGACAUUAGUGCUGGCCUGCCCCCCAGCACCACUGCCUACAUGUACUUCAUCUCUGCGCAGGAGGGUAGUGGUGUCACCACGGACCUGGAGAUAGAUGAGAACACAGGCAUCAUCAAAACCGCCCGCGUGCUGGACCGGGAGAGUCGAGACCAUUACAGCUUCAUUGCCGUCACCCCUGAUGGUGUCACUGUGGAGGUGACUGUCCAGGUGAAUGACAUCAAUGACCAUGUGCCAAUGUUCCCCAAGCGCCACCGCACCUUUCAAAUCCCAGAACACACCCCCAUCAGCAGCAGGUUCCCCUUGGACCCAGCUUUUGAUGCUGACAGUGGCUUGCUGAAUACGCAGGGUUACAUGCUCAAAGGCGAGAAUGUGGGCCAGGCCUUCCGUCUGGAGACACGCAGGGGUCCCAAUGGGGUCCUCUACUUGGACCUGGUGGUAAACAAUGUCCUGGACCGGGAGAACUGCUCAUCAUACUCACUACUGCUGGAGGCCUAUGAUGGUGGCUCCCCUCCCAGGAGCUCUCAGAUGACGUUGGAUGUGGCCAUCCAGGACAUCAACGACAAUGCACCUGCCUUCAAUCAGAGCCGGUACCACACCCUCAUCUCUGAGAACCUGAAGCCAGGCAGCAGCAUCCUGCAGGUCUUCGCCUCCGAUGCAGACGAAGGUGAUAACGGGGCUGUGGUGUAUGAGAUCAACCGGCGGCAGAGUGACCCUGACCAGUACUUCACCAUAGACGCAAGAACGGGGGUCAUCAAGCUCAACAAGGGGCUGGACUACGAGAUGAGGAGGGUGCACGAGUUGGUGGUGCAGGCACGGGACAAGGCUGUACACCCAGAGGUCACCACAGCCUUUGUCACCAUCCACGUGCGCGACUACAAUGAUAACCAGCCCACCAUGACCAUCAUCUUCCUUAGUGAGGAUGGCUCACCACAGAUCUCUGAGGGAGCCCAGCCUGGCCAGUAUGUGGCACGCAUCUCUGUCUCGGACCCUGACUAUGGUGAGUACUCCAACGUCAAUGUCUCUCUGGAGGGGGGAGAUGGCAAAUUUGCCCUCACCACCAAGGACAAUAUCAUCUACUUGAUCUGCGUGGACCAGUUGCUGGACCGGGAGGAGAGAGACUCCUAUAACUUGCGGGUGACAGCCACUGACUCAGGGACCCCUCCGCUGCGGGCAGAGUCAGCCUUUGUGCUGCAGGGGAGGAUGGUGACAGCCCGUGACAAGGACCAGGGUCCCAAUGGGGAGGUACGGUACAGCAUUCUACACAGCCAGAACACCCACUCUAACUGGUUCACCAUUGACCCAGCCACAGGCAUCAUCACCACUGCUGCCCCCCUGGAUUAUGAGAAGGAUCCUGAACCUCAGCUGACAGUACUGGUCAUGGACAGAGGGAUUCCUGUCCUCUCUUCCACAACUGUGGUGUACGUGGCCCUGCAGGACGUCAAUGAUAAUGAGCCUGUGUUCAGGAGCAACUUCUACAACGUGUCCCUGAAGGAGAACACGCCCACUGGGACCUGCUUCCUACAGAUGAGCUUCACUCUGAUUGUUGAGAGUUCCAUUGUGCCAGAAGAGCAAAGCUGUCAACCAUUAUCUUCAUCCCAGCGCUCUCAUGGUCUUUUAGGUAUGGAGUACUUUGAAGAGAAGAACCAAGACCUUGAACUUGAUAAGAGAAACCAGUGUGAAGAUACCUGGGUCGGGGACAAAACUGAAGAAGGCUGCGGCGUCCAAAAGAGCCUCUUUGGCGCCAAAAGCAGCCGUGGUGCCGACAAGCGGCUCCCGCACUACAAGCACCACUCUAUUAAGUUCUGCAAGCGGCACCAAAGCAGCAGCUACCCACACGGACAGCAGCAAGACCAGAGGGAACUCUUCCAGCACUGUCAACACAGCAAGCUCCACUGCCAGUGCCAUGUGGUACUCCCACAUUACAAACAGCCCCGGCACCGGCAAAUACAGCGGUUCCGCAACUUACUCAAACACCGACACUAG